CGUGCCCAACUCCUUUAUCCCCCCUGUUUUCUCUAUUUGCUUUUAAAGCUUCCCAGGAGAGCGUGAGAGCAAUUCUUUGCUUCUCCAUGCAAGGGCAGAAAAGCAGCAAGAGCAGAAUAUUUUUCAAGUGGGCAGUGGAGGCAUAUUCCUUUGCUGUCGACUACAACCCUUCUUCUCCUCUGAACCAGAUCACAGUCAAGGUUUUCUUUUAAGAUAAGACACCUGAAGUGCCAUGGCUACUACUAAAGCCCCUUCAGGCUGUGGCAACAUAUCUGGGGACUACUAUUUUCUCUGUGACACCAAUGUUUAUUGGGGGAUUAUUCUGGAAGCUCUGGCAGCAGCUGGUGUGUUUGUCACAAUCAUCCUCAUUCUGGUGCUUUUUUUCUUUAUCUGUAAAACCCAAGACAAUGCAAAACGUAGCCUGAUCCCAAUCCAGUUCCUCUUCCUCUUAGGCACUAUAGGAAUUUUUGGGCUCACGUUUGCUUUUAUCAUCAGGCUCAAUGAGCAAACUGGUCCCACACGUUUCUUCCUUUUUGGGGUCCUCUUUGCCCUCUGCUUUUCCUGCCUCCUGGCUCAUGCUUUGGACCUCAUCAAGUUGGUGAGAGGAAGACGUCCAUUUUCAGCCCUAAUGUUGCUGAUUAUGGUCCUUGGUUUUACUGUUGUACAAGUGAUUAUAGCCGUACAAUAUGUAGCAGUCAAUAUCACAGCCUUGAAGGAUCUACGCCAUGCGAUGGAUGAGGAAAGACGAAGAGACUUUAUUUUAAUUCUCAUCUAUGUAUUUUUCCUGAUGUUUCUCCUCUUCAUAGUUUCCAUGUUUGUGUUGUGUGGCACAUACAAGAGGUGGAAGAGGCAUGGUGUCCACUUACUUCUCACAGCCUUAGUCUCCAUAGGCAUUUGGGUGGCAUGGAUUGCUAUCCUGAUGCAUGGUAUCAGUGCUUUAGGUGAGCGAUCAGAAUGGAAUGAUCCUCUCCUUGGUGUUGCUCUGAUAGUAAAUGGCUGGGUUUUCCUGAUUCUGUAUGCAAUACCUGAACUCUGUGUCCUCACUUCUCCACGGAAGCCUGGAGACUACCCUCUGGAGAAUAAUACUUGCCAGCCAAAGGGCAUGAAAAAAUCUUAUGGAAUAGAAAAUCAAGGUUAUGCUCAGGAAGACAACACACAAGAAAAUACUGAUUCAUAUAUCCCUUAUUCAACUCAUUUUCAACUGAAGAACCUUGAGCCUCAACAGGAGUUCUCCAUUCCUCGCCCUAAAACACGGCCCAGUCCAUACCAAGAGUAUUCUGGAGGGAAAGGUAUCAAGAAAUAGCCUCACAAUGAAGAAGGAGAAGCAAUGUUGAGUUGACUGAGGUGUUGAUAUAGCAGUGCCUCAGUUUUGCAAAAUCAGGGACACUGGUCACGUUGCCGUGGAUGAAGGAAGAUUGUUUUCAUUUUCUUCUGUAUAUCUUCUGGCUCAGCACACGUAGCACUUUAUACCUCUGAAUUCAGUAAUGAACCUCUUCUGCUCCCCCCCCCACAAUUAUAACUACCUUCCAUCAAAUCUUUAUUAACUGGGCCUUCACCUUUGAUCCAUGUGUGGGGAUGGGAGGCUUGAAGUGGGAUUCUUCCUCUGUGUUUAUUGGUUCCCUGUGUAAUUUUGUCUCCCUCUUUGCAUGAGUUCCAAAUUGUUCUCUAUGAAUGGGGAGCUGUUUUAGACUUCUCACCAUGAUGGAUGGGAAGGCAGCAAAGCUGCCAUGGAAGGACCGUUCUUCCCAUCAAUCAGAAUAGAGCUGGAAGGGACCUUGGAGGUCUUCUAGUCCAGGGGUCUCCAACCUUGUCAACUUUACGACUUGUGGAUUUCAACUCCCAGAAUUCCUCAGCCAGCACAUGAGUUGUACUAACAUGCUGGCUGAGGAAUUCUGGGAGUUGAAGUCCACAAGUCAUAAAGUUGACAAGGUUGGAGACCCCUGUUCUCGUCCAACCCUCUGCUCAAGCAGGAGACAUUAUAAUGAUCACAUAUGGGCUGGUUACCUUAUGAAAAUGAUGAUGUCUCUAAGAUCUAUCAAGAUUUUUUUCUCUUAACUAUUUGUCUGAGCUGAUUUUCCCUCAGCAGAGAGAUUUAUCCCAGUCACGGGGGCUGUUGAACAUAGAAGCAGAGAGCUUGCUGACCAUUACUAGUCUCUGAAGUAACUAUAUUUACUUAUUUAUUUUGCUCUCUAAAGCACUGAAAUUAGGAUGAUCAUCAUGAUGUUUAAAAUACAAUUUCAUGACCUUCUAUUUAUACAAAGAGGGUCUGGUGAGGCAGUCAUAAGAGGGGGAUAGCUUUCAGUUUAAGUCUGAUUUAUAGUU